AAAAGCUAUCACCCGCCACUACUGCCUUUUCUUGUCGAGACGUGCGAUCGAAGAGACACGUUUGAAAGAUGCAGAUUUUCGUGAAAACCCUCACUGGCAAGACCAUCACCCUUGAGGUCGAGCCGUCGGACACUAUCGAGAAUGUGAAGGCGAAAAUUCAGGAUAAGGAAGGAAUUCCGCCAGAUCAACAGCGUCUGAUCUUUGCCGGUAAGCAGCUGGAGGAUGGCCGUACCCUUUCGGACUACAAUAUUCAGAAGGAGUCGACCCUUCACCUGGUUCUGCGACUUCGUGGUGGUAUCAUUGAGCCAUCUCUGCGUAUCCUGGCCCAGAAAUACAACUGCGACAAAAUGAUUUGCCGCAAGUGCUACGCUCGUCUGCAUCCGAGAGCGACCAACUGCCGCAAGAAGAAGUGUGGCCACACCAACAACCUGCGCCCGAAGAAGAAGCUGAAGUAGACAAAUAUGCUACUACUCCGCAUCUUCGUUUCGACCGAGAUUUGGAAUGUGUAUGUUCUGUCCAUCAGUGGAAUAAUAAAUAUCUGAUGUUAACAACAUAGA